AGGGAUUUGCAAUAUCAUGCAUCUGAAUACUGCAUAUAAGACCUAUCAGUAAGAUCAAACCUGAGUUGGAUUUGAUAGAAGAUGCUACUACGGUUUUGUCUCUGCAAACGCAUAGCUUCAGGGCUUAUUCUUGCUUCUCUCUUCUUAAUCUGCAUGGGCCAGUAUGAUGAUGACUGGCAAUAUGAGGACUGCAAACUAGCUAGAGGAGGGCCACCAGCUACCAUCAUUGCUAUUGAUGAGGAGAGUCGGAACGGUACAAUUCUGGUGGAUAACAUGCUGAUCAAAGGAAGUGCUGGAGGACCAGACCCCACCAUAGAACUUUCUCUAAAGGACAAUGUGGAUUACUGGGUGUUGUUGGAUCCUAUUAAACAGAUGCUUUUUCUGAACAGCACGGGGAGAGUUCUGGAUAGAGAUGUUGGUAUUUUUUUUUAUUACCCCUAUUUGAGACUUUAUUGUAACUGAAUCUAAGUACUUCUUUUGAUCUAUCAUAUCAUAUAUAAUCUGAAUUUAUUGUGUAUGUACAGUAAUUAUUUUUUCAACCUUUGUUUUAAUAAGAAGUAGAGCUACAUAGAGAGACCAGAGCAAGGCUCAGCUCGGUUUAUGGUGGUGCUAGGCUUAACCUGGGAUGUCAGAGCCUACGGCCUAAUUAUCAUGCUAGUUUCCCAGCAUUAAUUAUUUUUAAAAAUCUUGAAAUACAAAUAAGAAAAGAUAGGACCAUCUGUUUCUGAUAAAACUAAAAUA